AUGUCCAACAUACCAGACCCGGAGUCUGAGGGCGCUGCGUCGCCCGCGGCGACGCCUGCAGUGACGCCGACCACGUCCACCUUUGUCGGUCGCCUGCCCCUCCAUCGCAGCGUAAGUCGCGGGUCGCAGUGGUCCAUACCGGACACCCCUCGUCACCACCACCAGGGUACUUCAUACUUCCCAGAAACGUCCAGACCCGUCUCGCCGCGCCUCACGACACAUUCUAUGCGGAAUGCCUCCUCGAACUCGAAGAGACGUCGGCCAGGCAGGAGCACCAGUAUCACCAGUUCGCAUGCGACUGCGCGGGGGUACGGCGAGGAAUCAGAGAUACUUGGCGAGGAGGCCGAGGAGGAGGAUGACAGCGAUAAUGUCAUUGUGGAAGAAGACGGGGAGCACGCUCAUCACGACGGAGACGAGGAGGACGAGCCAGGUUCGCUCCGAGAAGACGACCCGAUAACGCUCAGAGACCGGCAGUCGCUCAUCAAUGUCGAGCAUCCCUUUGGUUUGCCCAUUUGGAAACCUGCGCUGUACAAGAAGUCGAGGUCCGUGACUCGCUAUGCCGAUCAGGCGCUGCAUUCCAUUCCUUCCGCUCAGGCGGAGCGCCAUCUACUGCCAGGGAACAUCCUCUGGACGAUCAUAUUCGGUUGGUGGCUCGCUAUAUGCUGCUUUCUUGUGUCUGGUGUCCUCUAUCUUGUCCCAAGAGGUGGCAAGCAAUAUUCGACGCUCGUGUUCGGCCUUGGAUGGUAUAUCGCCUGGCCGUUCGGUAAGUAUGUGGAAAGCGACGUUGGCUCUUCACCCGCAGAGGAUGAGGAGGCCGGAGCUGACACCAUCGUUGAACAUCCCGACGAGGAUGAGGCCGAACGUACGCACCAACCGUCGGUGUCCGAGGAGAGUGACACGGAAUCUACUCCCCGAGGGGAUGUCUCCGAAUCUAGCCAUGACACG